UUUAAUUGGAUUGUGAGAAGUUUUCAGUUUCCACCGUUUAGAAUUGUGGAAGGUUCACAGAAAUAGAUACAAAUUCCUAAGCAUUAAUUACGAUUUUGCACAACCUGAGCUGCCAUUGCUUCAGCAGCUUAUCUGCACCUUGACUGUAUCUCUCUUACUUUUCUCUCUUUCUUUCUUCAGUGUUUAUCUAAUUACGAAUUUUCUAUUCAAUCCUUAGUCACCAUUCUUAAAUUGUUUCUGUAUCGGGUUACCUAUAAAUACCCUUUUGAGCUUCCCUUCUUUUCUAUCUAUUCCUCUUAUUCAAUUUUCUCAAACACCGCAGCUGUUGCAAUUCUCUUUCGUUUUCUUUGAUUCUCGGUGAGGUUUCUUUUUUACCACAAUGAACGCCCUCGCUGCAACUAAUCGUAAUUUCCGCCAUGCUGCCCGUAUUCUUGGUUUGGAUUCCAAGCUUGAGAAGAGUCUUUUGAUCCCUUUUAGAGAAAUCAAAGUUGAGUGUACGAUUCCCAAGGAUGACGGGACUCUUGUUUCAUACAUCGGAUUCAGGGUUCAACAUGAUAAUUCUCGUGGACCGAUGAAAGGAGGGAUCCGUUACCAUCCUGAGGUUGACCCUGAUGAGGUAAAUGCUCUGGCUCAAUUGAUGACAUGGAAGACUGCAGUAGCUGACAUUCCAUAUGGUGGAGCAAAAGGUGGGAUAGGAUGCAACCCAAGGGAUCUGAGUGUGUCUGAGUUGGAACGUCUUACCCGUGUCUUCACUCAGAAAAUCCAUGAUCUCAUUGGAAUUCACACUGAUGUUCCUGCCCCUGAUAUGGGAACUAAUGCACAGACAAUGGCAUGGAUUUUAGAUGAGUACUCAAAGUUUCAUGGUCACUCACCAGCUGUUGUAACAGGGAAGCCCAUAGAUCUUGGUGGAUCAUUGGGUAGGGAAGCUGCUACUGGACGGGGUGUUGUUUAUGCAACAGAGGCUUUACUUGCUGAACAUGGAAAAUCCAUUUCAGAUUUGACAUUUGCCAUCCAGGGCUUUGGCAAUGUGGGUUCUUGGGCAGCAAAGCUCAUUCAAGAGAGAGGUGGUAAGGUUGUUGCAGUGAGUGACAUAACCGGCGCCAUUAAAAACAAAAAUGGGAUUGAUAUAGGAGAGUUGGUUAAGCACAAAAACGAAACUGGAAGUUUGAAGAAUUUCCAAGGUGCUGAUGCUAUUGAUGCGGAUGAAUUGCUUGUGCAUGACUGUGACGUUCUCAUCCCAUGUGCCUUGGGAGGGGUCCUCAACAGGGAAAAUGCUGCACAUGUGAAGGCCAAGUUCAUAAUAGAAGCAGCAAAUCACCCUACUGAUCCUGAAGCAGAUGAGAUUUUAUCCAAGAAAGGAGUUGUUAUACUCCCUGAUAUAUAUGCCAACGCUGGAGGUGUUACAGUUAGCUAUUUUGAGUGGGUUCAGAACAUACAAGGUUUCAUGUGGGAUGAAGAGAAGGUGAACAAGGAACUUCAGAGGUACAUGGAAAAAGCUUUUCACAACAUCAAGACAAUGUGUAAAACUCAUGACUGCAACCUCCGCAUGGGUGCCUUCACAUUAGGGGUAAAUCGGGUUGCACGUGCAACCCUCUUAAGGGGUUGGGAGGCAUGAACAUGAGAAGACAUGCCUUUUGUUUUUCACUUAGAUACAAAUUGAAAUCUUCAUUUUCUUUUUUCUGCCUUAGAAUGUCUUGUUUAUUUUCAGUUUCUGUGGGUUAAGAAACUUAGUAUUUGGGCAACAAAGUUACUCAUUAAGCAUAUCAGCAUAUGGGGUGUA